AGGUGAAGGAUUGUAGAUGAAUGGUUCAAAGAACCGACAUGUUGUUAAAUUAGACACAUGUGCAACUCUUAGGUAUCUUUAUUGAGGAAACGUUUCGCCACACAGUGGCUUCAUCAGUCCAUACAAAGGAUAAACUUGAAGAACACGAGGAGAAUGAGGAUGGAACGGCUGCCACCACCAGUAAUGAAUGGUGGGGCUGCAGGGCAGCCACAGCAGCAGAGGUUUUCCUCUUUGCCUUCACUUAGACCUUUGGGAGGUUUUCAAAGUCCUCAGCCACCACCUUCAAUGACUUUGAAGCCUUCCACUAAUGUGGUCCCUCCACCAGGUCCUCCCAGGCUAGAUGGUUCUUUAAUGAAUGGUCCACCAUCAGCACUACCACCAAGAGUGUCCCUGGGAGGAAACUUCAGACCAUUGUUUGUGAAUGGUCAGCCUGGUCAACUUUCUGGCCCCCCAGCAAGACCUCCUACAGGUCCAGCCCAGAGGUCAGUGGUUGGCCAUCCUGUUCCUCCAAAUGUAUCACCUGCUGGCCCACCACUAAAACCUCCAUUAGGUUCAGGCCCUGUCACCACAUCCUCGAGUCCUUUAAUAAAUGGGCACCAGAGACCAUCUCCACCUACCAACUUACCAGAGUCAAUAUCUAACCGAUCGUCUAAUCGGUCUUCUCGCCAGCCUUCCCCGAUCCCUACUUCUCAGCUUGACCGCAUGGAGAUGCAGGCCACACCGGUCUCAGGCCUGACACCAAGUGGAUCCUUAACCAAUUUAAAUGAGGGCUUUUGUCCGCCUACAUCCCGAUCCCAGUCUAGCUCAUCUUUAGUUGAUGAAUCUGCAAAGAUUUCGCCUAGGAUGUCUCCAAGGAUGUCCCCAAUCACAACGACAACAGUGUCUGGACAGUCUUUACCAGUUAAUGGCACCCCAGUUAGUAUGUCUCUGUCUAGUGAACCAUCUGUCAGUGGAACACCAGUUAGUAAUAUGCCAUUAAACAGAACUGUUGGUUCACCAUUCCAAAGCAGUGGUCAAGUAGCUAAUCAAACACAGGUGCAUCUUAGUGACUCAGUAUCGUCUCAUAGUAACUCAUCACCCAGUACUGUUCAGUCAUCUGUUAGUGGCCACAUUUCCAUGGCAUCUAGUAAUGUGCCAUCCUUGUCAAGAAGACCUAUUAGUGGUUCUUCAGUUAGUGGUAAUCAUUUAAGUUCAGCCUCUGGCACAGUUCCUGGAAAAAUCACACACACUGCAAAACCUACAAGUGGGCCACAGUCUGGUGUCCCUUCAGUAAGUGGAACACAACACUUUAUUCAGAAAGGUUCUGUGGGUCCUUCUUUAGCUGCCCAAACCCACCUAGCUACUUCUACAGUUCCUUCAUCAUCUGUGGCUGCUUCAGUUCCAAGUUUUGCUGCCUCAAAUUCACCUCUGGUUGCUCAACAUUCUGCUGUGGCUUCUGUUGCUCUCUCACCAUCAGUGGGAGCUAGACCAGCAGUUUCUGCCUCAAUGUCCAACAAUAUUAGACGUUCAGUGGGGCCACUACCACCAUCAGUUGGUCCUCCACUAGCAUCCAUGGGUCCACAAAGAUCAUUUGGUCCUCCAUCAACAAUGGACUAUAGAUUAACAUCAUUGGGCCCUCCCCAGACAUCAAUGGGCUCUCCACAGAUGUUGAUGGGACCUCCACAGACGUCGAUGGGCCCUCCUAUGCUGACGUCAAUGGGCGCUCCUCGGCCAUCACUGGGCCCCCCACCAACAUCGAUGGGACCCCCGCCAACGUCGAUGGGACCCCCGCCAACAUCGAUGGGACCCCUGCCAACAUCGAUGGGACCCCCGCCAGCAUCGAUGGGACCCCCGCCAACAUCGAUGGGACCCCCGCCAGCAUCCAUGGGACCCCCGCCAGCAUCGAUGGGACCCCCGCCAGCAUCCAUGGGACCCCCGCCAACAUCGAUGGGACCACCGCCAACAUCGAUGGGACCCCCACCAACAUUGAUGGGCCCUCCAACAUUGAUGGGCCCUCCAACAUCAAUGGGUUAUAGACCCACUGGUGUACCACCACCUAUGAGUACUCAGGGGACAGCCCAACCUGGAUCAUUUCCACAAUAUCCUGGACAACAGCAGCAAUUUCAGCCACAGUUUAGACCAAGUGGACCACCUAAUGUCACUCAACUUUCGCAGCAGUUGGGUGGGUUGUCUGUGACACGUGAUGGAUGGAAUAAAAUUUGGGGGACUCAUCCACUGGACUUGCUACAGCAGCGUCAAGUGUUACCCCCUGAAGGUGUUGUGCCUCCUAAACCAGUGCUGGCUCAAGAUUAUCUUCCCAACUGCUCGCCUGAUAUAUUCCGCUGUACUCUGACAAAGAUUCCUGAGACAAAGUCAGUUUUACAGAAGGCCAGACUGCCAUUUGGCAUGUUAAUACAUCCGUUCAAAGACCUUGAGCACCUUCCAGUUGUAAGCUGCAACACUAUAGUGCGAUGCAGAUCAUGCAGAACAUAUAUCAAUCCUUUUGUGGUCUUCAAAGGAGAGAGACGUUGGGAAUGUAACCUGUGCUUCAGGGUUAAUGAACUUCCCGAAGAAUUUCAGUAUGAUCCUGUUAGUCGAACAUAUGGGGACCCAUCUAGAAGACCAGAGGUUAGGGAAGCAACAAUAGAGUUCAUUGCUCCACAAGAAUACAUGUUGCGACCUCCGCAACCUGCAACAUAUCUUUGGGUUUUGGAUGUUUCUCGUCAAGCUGUGGACACGGGUUACUUGAAGAUCGUAUGCGAUGUCUUGUUGGCACAUCUAGACAAGAUACCAGGAGAUCGGCGGAUUAUGAUUGGGUUCAUUACUUUCUCCAAUAGUGUCCAGUUUUAUCUAAUGGGAGAAGAUCAGAAACAUGUCCAGAUGUUAGAAGUUGGUGAGAUAGAGGAAAUGUUUGUUCCGAAUCCUGAGGAUCUCUUGGUUAACUUGGAGCAAAGUCAUUCUCUGGUCGAGGACUUCCUCUCGACACUCCCAGAAGCGCAUGCUGCAACUUUCCAAACUCAGUCUGCACUUGGACCUGCACUGCAAGCUGCUUACAAAUUAAUGAGCCCAAUUGGUGGGCGCAUUACACUGAUGACAACUACAUUACCAUCUGUGGGACCUGGUGCGUUGAAAGCACGCGAGGACCCAAACCAGCGAGCAGGAAAAGACAUACAAAAUAUGGGCCCAGCGACUGAUUUCUACAAAAAGUUGUCUCUUGACUGCUCAGGCCAGCAAAUUGCUGUGGAUUUGUUUACACUUAACUCACAAUAUGUGGAUCUGGCCACACUCACAGGAGUAAGCAAAUUCUCUGGAGGCUGUAUCCAUCACUUUCCAAAUUUCCAUGUUACAAGGAAUCCAGCAUCUGUAAAUCCAUUUAUGUCAUGCCUUACACGUUAUAUUACUAGGAAAAUAGGCUUUGAAGCUGUCAUGAGGAUCAGAGCCACCAGAGGUUUAGCGAUUACCAACUUCCAUGGUAACUUCUUCGUUCGAUCAACUGACCUACUGUCCUUGCCGAACAUUAAUCCUGACGCAGGGUUUGGCAUGCAGGUCAACAUUGAAGAAUCAUUACACAAUAUACGUACUGCUUGUUUCCAAGCUGCACUUCUAUAUACUUCAAGUAAAGGUGAACGGCGCAUCAGAGUACACACUCUGUGUUUGCCUGUUUCUCCAAACAUGCAUGAAGUAAUAACAGCAGUUGACCAGCAAGCAGUAAUAGGGUUAUUAGCCAAGAUGGCAGUGGAUCGCUGUCUCUCGUCGUCUCUCUCUGAUGCCCGGGAUGCCCUGAUUAAUGCCUGUGUAGAUGGGCUCACAGCCUUCAAGAUAAGUCUUUCAAGCCCAGCACAUGGGGCACUAGAAGUACCGCCCACAUUGCAGCUGCUUCCCUUGUAUACAUUAGCUCUUGUUAAAUCGAUUGCGUUCCGAGGGGGCUUAAGCACAAAAUUGGAUGAUCGUCUCUUUGCUAUGUGUGAACUUAAAACGCUACCACUUAAGCACCUCAUAACAUUCAUAUAUCCAGACCUGUACCCAAUCCAUAUGUUGUCAGAAAAAGGGGCUCUCAAUGUAGAUGAUCAGGUGAUUCCUCAACCUGGACGCCUUCAUUUGUCUGCUGAGCGUUUAGAACGGUGUGGAGCAUAUCUGAUGGAUACAGGAACUACUAUAUACAUAUAUGUGCGUUCUGGAAUUUCCUCAAACUGGGUUGAAGGCACUUUAGGAGUACCUAGCUAUGCAGUCAUCCCUCAACCUUUAUAUGAAGAUGCUCUUCCUGUUCUGGACACCAUGGACUCUCAGCUUUUGUGUAACUUUGUCUCUCAUCUUCAAAGAAACAAGCCUUAUCAUGCCCCUGUUUUAGUUCUGAAGUAAGUAUUACGUGCCAGAGUGUUUUAAAGAUCCUUUUUU